AUGGCGGGACUAGCCUCGGAUGCAGCCAUCGUGGCUGCUGUCGCCAUCACCCUUCGCCUUCUUUACCUUCGACUGUUGCCCCAGCCAAUACCUGGCGGGUUGCCGUAUAAUGUCGAAUCUGCCAAAAGAUUUCUUGGAGACGGGCCCUAUUUCAUCAAGUUGUAUAAUACGGGCGAAUUCUGGCUCAGGUUCUUCCAGGAGUUGCUCACCAAGCAUUCCACUCCCAUCGCCCAGUUCUUCCCCGGCCCUUUUCGUGGAACGCACGUGGUGAUUGGCGAUUAUCGCGAGGCCCGCGAUUUGAUGUCAAGGCGGGGCAAGGAUCUCAGCCGUGGGGUCAAGAAUAAUGUAGCGUGGAAGAGUGUGCUUCCGGAGCACUUUAUCGCCAUGGAAGAUUCGCAUCCAUCGUUCAAGGACGCCAAGUUCCUUACCAAGGAUCUGAUGACGCCGAGCUUCUUACAUGGGGUGUCGGCACCAGCCUCAUACAAGAUGGUUCGGAAUUUCAUCGAGCUAUGGAAAAGCAAAGCGGUUCUUGCCAACGGCCGACCUUUCGAUGCCGAAGCCGAUCUCGAGGCCUUCACUUACGAUAUCAUGAAUGCUACGGCCUUUGGCAUUUCUGUAGACGAUAGCUACACUUCGGAACGGCUCCGAUCUCUUCCCUCACCCAACGCAAACGAAUCGUUAAAGUCUCAUCCCUCGCGGCUAGCCGAGUUCCCAAACGUCAAUCCCCCAGAACUUCUGACAGCUCUGAAUACUCUCAACGUGAGAAUCAAUGGUGCCUUUCGCGCCCUGGUUCCCCAGCUAUUCUUGCUCUACGACAAUCAUCGGCCAACUACCCACAGAGCAUUUCGUUCAAAAAGAACCAUCCUCCAAUCCCACAUUGACUUGUCUGUUGAAAAGCUAUCCCAUAGCACCUCAAAAGAAGAGUUCGCCUCGGCAGUAGACUAUAUCGUCUCGCGCGAAAAGGCGGCAGCCGACAGCGCAGGGCGAAAGCCAGUCUUUGACUCGGCACGGAUGAACGACAUGAUCUGGGGCUACCUCGUCGGCGGCCAGGAUUCUACGCGCAGCACCCUCUGCUUCACGGCCAAGUACCUCGGCGUCCACCAGGACGUCCAGUGCAAGCUCCGCGAGACGCUACGGCUUGCCUACCCAGAUGCGGUGUCCGAGCAGCGAGACCCGUUUAUCGAUGAGAUAAUCAAGACGCACAUCCCCUACCUCGACGCUUUUAUCGAAGAGACGCUGCGCCUGAGCAGUCCCGCUGGGGCCAUUACAAAGGAGACGCUGUACGAUAUGGACAUGUUUGGGUACCGCAUUCCCAAGGGGACACCGCUCGUGUUUCUGUUGACGGGGCCCACGGUGUCGGAGGCCGGCGCCAAGGUCGACGAAGCCAGGCGCAGCGAAACGUCACAAAAGCUUGCCGACGAAGGCGUUGGGGACUGGGCCCUGACCGACUAUCCCCCGGAAGAGUUUCACCCAGAACGCUGGCUGCAACGUGACGAGGACGGCGAGGUCGUGUUCAAUAACAGAGCCGGCCCGUUUCUGAGUUUCAGCUACGGCCCGAGGGGGUGCUGGGGCAAGCGGCUGGCGUACAUGGAGCUGAAGCUGAUUGUUACGCUCUUGGUUUGGAAUCUGGAGUUUCUGAGGCUGCCUGCUGACUUGGAGGAUGAUGGUGUCGUUGAGGGCCUUUUCACGAAGCCCAGAUCGUGCCUGGUGAAGCUGAGGAGUGCAACGGCGACGUGGUAA